GACUGAUGCAUGGAACAGAUCAGCAGUCUCAUGGCGCAGAGAGACAACUACUAUUCCCAGGCUAUAGCUCAAGAAUCAGCUGUACUUGCCAGGGGAGCGCGGCAAGAUAAUAAGCUCAUGGCGCAGUUGGCCGACAGUUCUCGCAAAAUUGCUACGACUUCACUCCGGGACGCUAAAGCAAUGAAAGCGAUAUCUGUAGUCACCAUGGUGUUUCUCCCUGCCACGUUUACCGCGACAUACUUUAGUACUUCCUUCUGGAAUUUGAGGGCUGGACCGGGAGAGUCAGUGGUUUCAGGGAACCAUUGGAUCUAUUGGGUCGUGACAGUUAUACUCACUAGUAUCGUCAACAUUUCAGCCUAUGCUUGGUAUAGACGCAAUGAGCGCGUCGUCAAAAGUCUCGAGGAAGGAAAAGUCAUUGUGCCACUUCAACAUAGUCUAAAGAAAACAGUUAGACCGGGACAUGAUGAGCACAAGUCGGAGGCAAGGGAUAUCAAGCCACUUCAUCAUACCCUGAGACCAUCAUUUAGGGGUGUUGGGAGUGCAUGAUAAGCUGUUCAUCUUGCUCCUCGUGGUAAUAUGACAAAUAGCUGUUGUUGUCAUAAUGGCCAGAAACUUUCGAUCGGGUUUGAAUGGUAAUUUUCGUUGGUUUAGUCUUCCGAUCUGUUACUUCCCAGGCCUCCUCAUGCUUUGCGCAGUCAGUGCCAUGCCACCCACAGCGUUAAAGUCUACUUCAAAACAAACAGUCAGAUA